CAUAUACCACCAAUAUCUCUCUUUCUCCGUCUCCCUGCCUCUGUUCUUUAUAUUGGCGUCGAGAAACUUGAGCAGGUCUUCGACUCUGUUCGCACUCCAUGGAGGAGGUCAAGAAGAUCUUCAACAAGUUCGACAAGAACGGUGACGGUAAGAUAUCGUGCGAUGAGCUCAAAGACAUUCUCCAUGCUCUCGGGUCGAGAACCUCGUCCGUCGACGAGGUCAAGAGCAUAAUGUCCGAGGUCGACAAGGACGGCGACGGCUUCAUCGACCUCGACGAGUUCGUGGAGUUCCACUUCGGAGGAUUGUCGUCGGGCUGCACGCAGGACUCCACCAGGGAGCUCCGCGACGCGUUCGAAUUGUACGACCUCGACAAGGAUGGGCUAAUCUCAGCCAGCGAGCUCCACUCAGUGCUGAAGCGUCUUGGCGAGAAGUGCACGAUGGUAGACUGUUGCAAAAUGAUCAGCGCCGUCGAUGCCGACGGUGAUGCCCACGUGAACUUCGAGGAAUUCAAGAAAAUGAUGAAACGUGGUUAGAUCGAUCGUCUCAGAACCAAAGGGAGGUUAUAUGUAUUCAUCAUGAAAAAAACUCUAAAUUAGCCGUAGAUUAGAGAUAUGCUAGAUUAACGUAGUUUAUUUUGGGCAUGUAGCAGUUUCCCGUUUCCCGACUCUAUUCUUGAUAGCUGUUUGAUCAGUGAAGUUGUGAAAGCAGCGAAAAUAGGAAUGGAACGUCCUAGGUAGCUAGCUAACUAGUAGGUUAGUAGGUUUGCUUGGAUAUGAAUGUUCAUAUAUAAUAUACAUAUAUAUAUAUAUAUAUGCAUGGCCGUUUCCUUUUUACUGUUAAUUGAAGGGUCUCGUGAGUGAUCACAAUCUUCUGAA